GCCUGGUGUGUAAAUAAGCUUGGCUCCGCUUUGAUCAGACUUUUGUUCUUUCUGAACAUCUCUCCGCUCGACCACCUGUCUCUCUCAUUACUUACUACUUAUUUCUAUCCCCUUUUUCAUUCUUUACUCACAUCUAAACUUUUCACAUCGGACAUGCUCUUCUCUAGCAAUCUACUCGCGCAGGUCGCUUCUCUGUUGCUACUCUCCCAUGCGUCCAAUGCAGCCGCCACUCACCGUCGCGCCACGACGUGCAAUGGCUACAGUCAACUCUGCGACGUGAGCUAUGGCAAUGUGUCGUUUGUAGGCGCCCACGAUUCCUACGCUGUGGGGACGAAUAAUCUUGCCGUCAACCAGGAUUAUGAUGUCACACAGCAACUGAACGACGGGAUCAGACUACUGCAAAUGCAAGCCCAUAACAACAGUGGAACUAUACAACUUUGCCAUACUAGUUGUUCAUUAUACAAUGGAGGGACACUGGAGGAUUACCUUGGAAAAGUCAGAUCCUGGAUGGAAAGCAACACGGCAGAUGUCGUGACACUACUAAUUGUGAACUCGGAUAAUUUCGUUGCAACUGAAUACGACACCGUUUUCAAGGCAGCAAGCCUGGAUACACUCUCCUACUCUCCAACUUCCUCUAAUAUGUCUAGGGACGCGUGGCCGACACUAAACACACUCAUUGACGCGGGGACACGCCUGGUAACGUUCUUGGACAACGGCGCAGAUUUCGCAAGUGUUCCGUACCUUAUUGAUGAAUUCACGAAUAUCUGGGAGACAGCGUAUGAUGUUACAGAUACUACCUUCAACUGUGAAGUCAACAGGACCACUGGCGACACUUCUACACAAAUGUAUCUGAUCAAUCAUUUCCUGGACAGAUAUGUGUUGGGGCAGCCUGUUCCUUAUGUCGAUAAAGCAAACGAGACCAAUGCGGCGAAUGGAACAGGCUCGCUUGGUGCCCAGGUCACGACAUGCGAGGCUCAAUAUAGCCGAGCACCGAAUUUCUUGCUCGUCGACUUCUAUGAAUAUGGCGGAGGUUCUGUAUUCGAAGUUGCGGCAACCAUCAAUGGUGUCGAGUACAGCCCAACUUCUGCCAUCGCAACACCAAAGUCUACAACUAGCUCUACAUCAUCUAGCAACGCAGGAUCAUCGAUUGUCAAUCUUCUUCCUGGUCAAAAGCAAUGGGUGGCUUUUGCAGCAGUGAUCUCAGGUAUCAUUUAUGGGGCAUCUAUCGUGAUAUAAAAUCAGGCUCUUUGUAUAUCUAAAAGCACACAGAGGACAUCUCACAGACUAUGCAUUAAGUACCCAAUCAUAAUAGUAUCGCAUUUUAAUACGCUCGC